CCAGAGGGCGCGACCAAUGCUUUCGCUAGCGUUGGCAUAGCUUAGUUGUUCUUGAUGGGAAGGGAAGGCUAAAGAUGGCGGAUUUAUUUAUGAAGCAUCGAUGUGGCUACUGUCAGGACGACAUCCUUGGCAUUCGAAUCCGAUGUAACGUUUGUGUCGAUUACGAACUUUGUUUACAGUGUUUCUCUCUUGGCUGUGAAAUUGGACCACAUAAAAGUAGUCAUGGAUAUAGAUUAAUAGAUCCUGGUACUUUUAGUAUUUUUCCUGACCAACAAAGGGAGGAUGAAGGUGGCUGGAUUGCAAGGGAAGACUAUCAGUUACUUGAUGCAAUAGAACAGUUUGGUUAUGGAAAUUGGGAAGAUGUUGCGAAACAUGUAGAAACACGGGAUUCAGAAAAAUGCAAAGAACAGUACUGUGAUAGAUUUGUCACAGGAACAAUAGGUAAACUAACAUGGCAAGGGCUUCCAAAUGGACUUCUCGCAAGUGGAGAGUCUCGCUUGGCAGCAAUUGAUCACACUUGUCCAGAUAAUGCACCUCUAUCUCCAUCCAUCACAUCACGACUACCACCUUUAGCUAUUCAACCUGAAGAAACAUUAGAACUUGGAUACAUGCCUCAAAGAGAUGAUUUUGAAAGGGAACAUGACAAUGAAGCUGAGGCAAUUGUUUCUCAUCUUGCCAUUAAUCAUGACGACGAGGAUAUUGAUUUGGCUCUAAAACUGGCUCAAGUCGAUAUGUAUACUCGCCGCCUGAGGGAAAGAGCCCGAAGGAAGCGGGUUGCUCGGGAUUUUCAACUGGUAUCCCAAUUUUUUAACGCUAUCAAGAAAGAGAAGGAAAAACCUACGACUGCCGCAAAAAAAAGGGAGUCCCAAAAGGAAAAAGAAACGCAAGAAAAAUUUCGUUCGUUUUCCCAAUUCCACACGGCACCUGAGCAUGAGCAAUUCUUACGCAAUCUAACUAAAGAGAGAGCUUUGCGAUUGCGGAUUCGAGAACUAAUCAAAUACCGUAGGAAUGGAUUAACUCGACAUGAGGAAUGUACUGAAUAUGAACGACUGCGAUACUUCCGUGAAAGAAAGAAAGAAGCCCGGUUGGAGCGCCAGCGCCGGAAAUCCGGAAGCAGUGGACCGGGGCCGAUUGUACAAAACCCUGGGACACUACACAAGUCAGACAACGCAAGGGAAGAAGUGCUACUUUCAAGCUUUCGAGACGCAAAAGUCACCUCCUUCGGCAGCAACAACAACAGCAGCGUCCUCAGCGUUUCAAGCAGUCUGCCUCGACUCGGGCCCGUACUCUCCGCUAAUACCCGACUUUCACAGUCAGAAUGGCAGGAGGCAGUUGCUAAUUUCCUCGCCAAGAGCGACGAUCUCACUUUAUGUCCCGGUUCAGAACUGCUCAGUCCUGCUGAAAAGCAAAUUUGCCAAAAUCUACGUUUGAGACCAUUGUACUAUACGUCAUUGAAGGCCAAUCUCAUAUUGAGUGGGACCGACAAGACUCCGCUCCUACCCGGCCUGGCUGCUGACGAGCAGUCUAUGAUUGUAAAUUAUUUUACGAAAGCCGGUUUUCUGUCUGUCGAGUGAAAACAGCAAUUUUGUGUUGAAAAAAUAUGUGUCUUUUUUGAAUAAAGUUCAACUGUUUUUUU